UUGGUCUGACACCCUUUACCUAAAGGAUGGCCAAAGGGCUCCUGGUGACCUAUGCCCUUUGGGCUGUAGGAGGCCCUGCUGGGCUCCACCACCUGUACCUGGGGAGAGACAGUCAUGCACUGCUCUGGAUGCUUACCUUGGGGGGUGGUGGGCUGGGCUGGCUCUGGGAAUUCUGGAAGCUCCCAAGCUUUGUAGCUCAGGCCAACAGACUCCAGGGGCAGAGGCAGAGCUCAGUAGCGAGGACGCCUCCUUUAAGUUUCAUUCGAUUUGUCGCCCAGGUGAUAGUGGGCAUCUAUUUUGGCCUGGUGGCUCUCAUUAGCCUUUCUUUCAUGGCCAACUUCUAUAUUGUGGGCCUCCCACUAGCAGUUGGCUUAGGGGUCUUGCUGGUGGCUGCUGUUGGCAACCAGACUUCAGAUUUUAAGAAUACUCUAGGGGCAGCAUUUCUUACUUCCCCUAUCUUCUACGGCCGCCCCAUAGCCAUCCUGCCCAUUAGCUUGGCUGCCAGCAUCACAGCUCAGAAGCAUCGCCGCUAUAAAACUUCAGUUGGGUCAGAGACACUCAGUAUUCGGCUCUACCGUCUGGGCUUGGCUUACCUGGCUUUCACAGGCCCACUAGUCUAUAGCACCUUCUGUAAUACAGUGGCCACACUCAGCUAUGUGGCAGAGACCCUGGGCUCCUUUUUGAGUUGGUUCAGCUUCUUCCCCCUCCUUGGCCGCGUCAUAGAGUCUGUCUUCCUUCUGCCUUACCGGAUCUGGAGGCUGCUGGUGGGACAUCAUGGUUUCAGCAAUGACUCCUUCCACGAGUGGGAGAAGCUCUAUGAGUUUGUUAGCAGUUUUCAGGAUGAGAAGCGUCAGCUGGCUUACCAGGUUUUGAGUCUCUCAGAGGGGGCAACAAAUGAAGAAAUACAUCGAAGAUACCGGGAGUUAGUGAAGAUCUGGCACCCUGACCACAACCGACACCAGACAGAGGAAGCUCAGAGGCACUUCCUGGAGAUCCAGGCUGCAUAUGAAGCCCUGAGUCAGCUCAGAAAGCCCAAGAGAUCCUGGAGGUGAGAAGAAAUUGCCCCUUGAGAGUGGACUCUUCCUGGCAGAGCCGAGCAGCUUGUCUUCGCCCAGCUUUGCCCACACAGGUCAUCCCAACAGCAUUAAAGACAUGGUCUGCUUGCUGUGGAGAUGAGAGAACCUUAAAGGAGUGAGGAAGCUAUUGUAGUGGAGUAAUGUUUAUGUUUUGAAUUUCUGAAUUCUCGGUUAUUGUAUUCCUGACAAAUUCUUCUUAAAACUAGAUAGAGAAAUUAAAGGCAUAUUACAAAACCAA